UAUUGGCAAAAUUUCAAGAACUCAUGUUAAUUCAGUACAUGAAUGACAAAUUCACUGUUAGGGAAAUCAAGCACAUCUACAAAAUGGCGAGUGAAGUAAAAGGCCGAGUCGCGUUUUGUGCGGAAAUAUGCUUUGGCAAUCUGGAAGAUGUAUUAAGUCUGAUUGUGAAACCAGGAAACAAAAAUGUAUCAACACUUUUCAACAUCUCACAGAAUCGUUUGAUUAUGUGCGCUUCACCAUUCUCACCGAAAUUUGAAAAUGUUCUACAAAAUUGUUCUAAAGUUUGUACCGACAGUUCGAGUCUUGAACAAUUUUUCAAAGAACAUCAAAGGAUAACUGUUCUUAAAAUCGGCCGUAAAGCAGUGUUGCUCAAUAAAGCAGAAGAAAUUGCAGUUGCUGAAUCGAUGGAAAAGAAUGUCAUCUCUAAACAGCGGAAAUUAAGACUAAUAGACAGUAAGUCAUUUGUAGAAUUAUUACAAAAUGACAACUCAAAUUUUAGAAAAGGUUAUACAAGUGUAAAAGUUGUCACGCCAAGAAUAUUUCAAGCAGAAAAAUGUUAUCAGCAUACCAUAACCGUUGUAAUAGCUCCAAAUGAAAAGCAAAAUUUCAAGAACCCAUCGUAUCCACAUCAAGCCGCUGAAGUUAAAUACCCUAUACAGGCGACAGAUGUCGAUACGGACUGUCAAAGCAUGCAGAUGGCCGUAAGCGCCUGGUCGAUAUUUUCCCGACGUGGUGAAACAAGCGUACCGUCAGUUGUUUCUUAUCAGUCUGGAAACGCAAGUUCGUCUGCUGUUAAUGCCAGUUCGUCUGCUGUUAAUGCCAGUUCGUCUGGAAGCGCAUGUUCGUCUACUGUUGAUGCAUCAACUACACAAAGUCUAAGUCAGUCAAGAGAUUCGGUUGCUUUUAUCCCAGCUGUACCUAGAUACGCAGAUUUUAUGACGCUUGAAAAAAGACUAUCUACAUAUCAAACUACAAAGUGGCAAGUGAAUGAAAAGCCAGACAGAGGUAUACUUGCAGAUCUGGGACUUUUCUUUACAGGUCGGGACGAUUUGGUGAAAUGCUGUAUGUGCGGAAUUGGUCUAAAAGACUGGGUAAAAAAUGACGACGUACUUCAGGAGCACGUGAAACAUUCGCCGAAAUGUAACUUUUUAUUGCAACGCAUUGGCAAAACUGAAGUUGAUCGUAUUCAGAGAGAAAUACAGACAGCUGGUUCAUCUAUUUCCACUGGUUCCCAGCUGCCUUAUAAGAUACGAUCUCCUCAGUAUCAAACAAUGGAAGCAAGGCUGGCAACUUUCAAAUCCUUCCCCAGCAACACUGGAAUCCCGUGCCAAGAGCUAGCAGCCGCUGGGCUAUACUUUACAGGCCGAGGAGAUUUAUGCAGGUGUUUUACGUGUGACGGCGGUCUCAAGGACUGGAGUACAGGAGAUGAUCCCUGCAGAGAACAUGCAACAUAUUUUUCUAAUUGCGACUAUAUUAAUCAACUGAAAGGACGAGACUAUGUUAUAACACUGCAGCAAAGACGACAUAAUAACCAACCCCAGGGUGCACAAGGUGACACUCCUCAGGCAAUACAACCAGAAGCCUCCACGGUACUGCCAGUGGACAGACUUGGUAGUUCUAGCAUCAACGAUUCUAGAGCUGUGAGUCAGGUUAUAGGAUUGGGAUAUACAGAACGUGACAUUGAAACAGCGAAAGCAGAAUUGAGAAGAAAUGGUUAUACAAAUCCCUGUGUUGAAGCUGUUGUGAACACGAUACUUGAUAUGCAACACCAAGCAACAAAUACCACCAAUUCAGCGGAAAGUGAUCCCGAAGAUUUGCAAGCCAUUGCUGAAGAAAAUGAGCGGUUUUCCCAGAUGAUCCAGUGUAUGUGUGUUGAUGAGGAACCGGAUAUUCUAUUGUUGCCCUGUGCACAUCACCGCAUUUGUCAUAAAUACUUUGAAAACAUAACACCUCAUUGUCCAGUUUGUAUCAUUUUGUAGAAAAUGUAGUAUUUACAUUAAGAAUACUGUGUUGGACAUUCUUUACAAUAUGACACAGUUUACAACAUUAACAUUAAGGAUAAGGACAGGACGUACCGGGCGUAGGGGGGUUCACGUAGUGUUGCGUAUCAGAUAAAACAUGUUUGAAAUUAUUUAUUUAACAAAUAAUCAAGGCCUUCGUUGUUUAUCGUCUAAUUUACCACGGUUCAGAGUUCAGAUGCGUAGGAAUUGAACCACGAGGGCGUUAGCCCGAGUGGUUAAAUACUGAAGCAUCUGAACGAUGAACCGUGGUAAAUUAGGCGAUAAAUCACAAGAAGGCCUUGAUUGUUUUCAUUCUGACAUGGACGUUGAUAUAUUUCAAUAAAUAUUAUGCUGGAAUUCAUUUACGCGAGGAGUAAUGUAUUGGACGUCAGGCGGCUACAUGACGUCAAAAUUGACGUCAUAAUGCUCUCUUACCGGUCCGCGCGUCAACCGUUGUUUAUCGCAGGAUAUAUUGCGUUUGAUUUUCUUCUUUGUUUAACUGGAAAUUAAUCGAGCCAUGUUAGAGAGAUAAAUAUUAUAUACCCUUCUUAAAUGCGCUUAUUUGAUUGGUCGAAAUAAGUGCACGCGCGGGUCCGCAAAAAGCGAUAAUGACCUGCAAAAGUGAUAAUGACUCUUGCGAUAUUACUUUUUCUUAUAUGUAUGAAAUAUGGGCCAGUCAAAUAAAUGCAUUUGAAAAGGGCAUAUAAUAUAACAAAUAUAGACUUAUGUUUCGGUCAGUAUGUAUUUUUACGGACCUGUAAAAGCACAUAUUGACCUCAACAUAAGUCAAUAACUGUAUAGUAAAUAACAAUGCUCACGCCGGUUACAUUGUACUUGUAUGUUGACAAAUCAGGUAGGUUUCAGUACUUUUAAUGUCGGAUGCUGUCAUAACAUAAUUAUUCGUUAUUUGUCUAAUGGAUCUAGAAGGAUAUACAGUGCAAAUUAUAGGCAUUGUACCUACUUACAAGAUUGUUAAAAAAUAGAAUUAAAAAGUAUAUAUUGUUAUAUAUGAUCUAAUUGCAUGAUAUAACAACGUGUUCAAAAAUAAUGUUGAAAAGAUGAUCAACAACAAAAAGUCCUACUUUUGUGUAGGGAAGAUACUUGUGUAAAUAAAUACUGGUUUCUUACGACAGUAAUAGUUAUCUCCCUUAUCAAUUUGCAUACUAAUAUAUACAGUGUUAGAAUUAACCCCAACUUGACCUAUGGUCUAUUUCAUAUAGCAAACAAAAACAUUUCUUAAAUAUUUAUUCAAUUCUCUUUAUUUAAUAUAUAAUGAAAUAAACAAUGUUUUAUGAACUGACAUGCAUCUAUUUCCAUUCAGUGUUUAAAAUUAUAUACUUUCAUAUUUGCCAGAUACUAUUGAUAUUCCCUGUGAAUCAUAAAUAUGUUUCGAUUUUCAGUGGGAUUUGCCGGUAUAUCGCAGUUCCGGCUUUGUAUUUCAAUUGUUAUUGAGUUGAGAGAACGCAAUAAUGUAGAGAAAUGCUUGAGAUUUGUCAUUUUUGAUAAGGUCAAAACGUUAUAGAAUAAAACAGAGUGAAAACUA